AUGCCCUACGAGCGCCAGCAUAAAACUCUCGAAUCCGGCAAUAUCAGUGAGACUCUCGAAAAACUGCCCGCACAAGCUAUUCAACGGCUCGAUUCCCUCACCAAAUCACUCGAACAAUCGUUAGAAACAGCAGUUCAACGAUCACAUUCCCGCUCAAACAGCUCAAUAACCAGUUCCAAGUCCCGAGGAACACGAAAAGACGCUCUCUCAGAUGGGGUUGCUGGCAGAGGAAGAAAGUCAGAAACGUUUGCCACCAUAGGAACAGAACCUGCGACAGGCCGAGAUGAAGCCAGCAGAAGCAAACGCUCCACUGAGGGGGCAAGCUUCACAGGCGGAAUGAGCGGUACACGAAGUGGCGGCUCAGCUGAAAGCAGUGAAGACACUGAUGCGUCGUGUCCGGGGGACAUUGAAGAUAUUUUCCUGGGUCGAAAUGUUGAGACGAAGCGAUUGCCAUCCAAAAAACAAUUGAAUUCUCAUCAAUCUCGGAGAUACACACCCAAAUCUGGGCAAUCGCAAGAAUACAGAGAACGAUCAAAUACGAACUCAUCAAGCUUGGUCGGCGAACCACCAUCUCUGUUGCCUUCUUCGUUGCCAACAUCACUUCUUUCCUCGUCAACUCCGUUAUCCACAGAUCUAUCAGAUAAAUCAUCCAAAUCCAGCAACUUAGCAAAAUCAAAAUCCACAUCGUCAGCAUUCCGAAGGCAAACAUCAAAAUCAACAGCCAACUCUCUUUCAACGAGCAGUUCAACUGCUCCAUCGAAUCGCUCAAGAAUAUCCUACCACUACGAAAUUCCGCUUAACACAGCCCCGAAACAAGCUCCGACAUGUGCAGCAGAGGUGACACCGACCAAUGACAAAAUGCGAACCGCAGUUACGAGCGUUUCAUCAAAUGUCUCAAACAACGGAAGCUAUUCGAGUGGUUUCAGUAGCACGAGAAACUUGAAAAGUAAACCGAAGAGUUCCUUUGGAGCACGAACAUUCUCACUGAAAGCACAAAAUUCAGGCAAGAGUGGGCCAACUGAAGCGAUCUCGAUUAGGCCACUUCAAAAGCUUUACAAGCAGAGAGCAGAUUCAAGCAAACAGGGAGAUGAUCAAGAUUCCUUCAAGAAGGGCCUGGGUCAUCCAGAUGGCUUUCUGAAGCAACAAUCGGGUCAUGCAUCGUCAGUCGAUUCCUCAUGCACUAACAUAUCAUCGAACAUGAACACUCCGGUACAGAAGAAGAGUCAAACGUCAGCAUCCAGUACCCCGCGAUCGUACCGUGAAGAGCGCCGUCGGCAACGGGCCGCUUCCGGUCGAGUCUCAGCAUUGCACUCUGCACUUGCAAAUGAUAUGCCUUCGCUAUUCGAUGAGCACAUUCAAACGUCUCGCUCACCUGGCCAGUUAACUGCUGAGAAAUUACAUGAGAACUCAUUGAGAGCAGUGGCCUCGGAUCGAAACCAUCAUCAUUUAUCGCAAGAGAGACUAGCACCUGGCGCUGGUUAG